AUGAAUAUUACCACCACAGGAGGGUUUCAACCCCCGAACACAAGCUCUAUGAUACCACAGCCACACUCGGGAACUUCGACACCUCCACUUCGUGGAUCUUCACAAGCUACACCAAUGGUUGUUGCACAAGAAGCGGAUCAUGAAUCAACAAAUUCACUUGAAGGACUGGGGUCACUAAAUUACUCACCUAAACAUUCACGAAAAUAUGCCUCAUUAUCCACCAAUAGGAAUAUUAAUAUGAAGAACUUGUCAUUAAAUCUAGUUGGAUCUGGUAGUAAUGGGACAGCAAAUGGAAAUGGGAAUGGAAAUGUAAUUAAUAAUAAUGUAACAGAGUCCCCCGCCAUUGAUGUGCCACAUUUCAUUAAACCCUUGACAAGACGGAAGACCCUUACACUUGCGAUACCGUCUGAGCAACAACGAAACAAUAUAGAGCCACCAUUAAUCACACCAAACGUGACGAAAACACCCAAGAUACCACCACUUAUAUCGAGACAAAAGGCCCAUACGGUGUCGAAUGGAUCACCAAAUAUAACCAACAAUACCAAUAACCCAUUUUUAUCACACACUCAAAUACAUCCUCAACCAAAGUCAAACAUGGGAGAUAGAAAUCCAUUCCGUGAAUUGAAUCAUAAGAGUAAUAAUUUACAAAGUCCAUUUUUGAUGAAUACUGGUAAAAUGCCAGACAUUGAGGGCCAAAUUAUUAAUGAUUUUUCAGGCUUGCAAGUCAAGCUGGACACUGCUACGACAAAUAAUAACGAUACCACUAAUGCAACUAUUAAUAACAACCUUAAUGACACCAACUACAUAAAUAACAAUCAUACUUCCACACAAAGAAGCCAUUACAUCAAUAUACCAGAGGAAUUACAAGAACUGUCUCAAUUAGAGGCAUAUCCAAAUGGCCCCGCCAAUGUUUUGAAUGGCUCACUAUUUUUAUAUUCAGAUCCAGAUCCAUUACAAACACAUCAUCUGCCACAGAUUGAUGUGAAUGAUUAUGAUUUGGUGAUUAAUGUUGCACGAGAAUGUCGGGAUUUAACAGAAGAAUAUGUUAGCACAGAGAAGAAUGGGAAAGAAUACAUUCAUAUAACUUGGUCACAUACGUCGUCAAUUCUGAAAGAAUUACCUAUUUUGGUAGAAAAGAUUGCCAAAUAUGAUGAUAGUGAUUCUACAAAGGCAAACAAGAGGAAAAUCUUAAUCCAUUGUCAAUGUGGGGUAUCCAGAUCCGCGUGUGUAGUGGUUGGAUACUACAUGUACAAGUUUGGCGUCGGAGUGAAUGAAGCCUACGAAGUAUUAAAGACCGGGACUGUGACAUCAAACGAAUCAUUCAAUUCUUCUUUAAGAGAAAGAGGCUAUUAUAUAGAGGCAUGCGAUAGGAUAUGUCCCAACAUGAGCCUUAUUUUCGAAUUGAUGGAAUUUGGAGACUUACUUAAAAAGUCUUCUCCAUCCUCGCUUAUUUAA